ACGCGGGCAGAGGCUUCCUCUGAUCUAGUUCCGGUCUUGUAAACUGCAGCAAGUUCUUUCCGAGUGUGCACGGCGUAGAUCUAGCGUUAGCAGGCCGCCGUCAUGCAGAUAUUCGUCAAAACUCUUACAGGCAAGACCAUCACCCUCGAGGUCGAGGCGUCUGAUACCAUCGAAAAUGUUAAGGCCAAGAUUCAGGACAAAGAAGGAAUUCCACCCGAUCAACAAAGACUGAUUUUUGCCGGCAAACAAUUGGAGGAUGGGAGAACUCUGUCCGAUUAUAACAUCCAAAAGGAGUCCACGUUACAUUUGGUGUUACGCUUGAGAGGCGGCGCUAAGAAGCGCAAGAAGAAGAAUUACUCGACUCCGAAGAAGAUCAAACAUAAGAAGAAGAAGGUAAAGCUCGCGGUGCUGAAGUUUUACAAGGUGGACGAAAAUGGGAAAAUUCAUCGAUUAAGAAGAGAAUGUCCCAUGGAACAAUGCGGAGCAGGAGUUUUCAUGGCUGCGAUGGAAGACCGUCAUUAUUGCGGUAAAUGCGGCUACACACUUGUAUUUAACAAGCCGGAAGACAAGUAGAUUAUAAAAAAAUGUUUCAUUUCAAUUAAAGGAAUUUAGUAAACGAGAA